GCCAUAUAUACCCACGCCGCGCGCGGCCGGCCUUAUCCCGCCUCUCUCCAUAUAUAUCCAUCGUUCCGGCCGGCCGGUUGACGACAGCGAGCCAGGGGGCGCGCGCGCUUCCGAUCCCGGCAAGCAAGCACGCAUCCAGUGCAGUCGUUUGAUUUCAUCGUAAUCAAGUUUCGGCGAUCAAUUCGCGGGAAGCAGGCAGGCCGGCCGGCGAGGAAAGGGAGCGGCGCGGCGAAGCGUUGGCCGCGGUGGUGGUGCUCCAGUACCUGCUUGCAGUCGGCGUGCUAUACGGAGUGUAAAGCCAGCGCAGCUUUUGGCACGAGGCAUACACCAACAGGUUAACUCAGUUAAGUUUGCUCGACGUCUACCUGCAUAAUAACUUGGUUCAGAAGAUGGACGCUUUCACACAUGUUCCUCCCGGCUUUCGUUUCCACCCUACCGAUGAGGAACUCGUUGAUUACUACCUUAGGAAAAAGGUAGCAAUGAAGAAGAUAGAUUUGGAUGUUAUAAAAGAUGUGGACUUGUACAAAAUUGAGCCUUGGGAUCUGCAAGAAAAAUGCAGGAUUGGAGCUGAAGAGCAGAACGAGUGGUACUUCUUCAGCCACAAGGACAAGAAGUACCCAACCGGCACUCGCACCAACAGAGCGACGACGGCUGGUUUCUGGAAGGCCACAGGGAGAGACAAGCCGAUCUAUGUGAAGAACUGCCUCGUAGGGAUGAGGAAGACACUAGUUUUCUACAAAGGCCGAGCGCCCAACGGGCAGAAGUCAGACUGGAUCAUGCACGAGUAUCGCUUGGAGACCAACGAAAAUGGAAUCCCACACGAAGAAGGAUGGGUUGUCUGCAGGGUGUUCAGGAAGCGACUCGCGACUGUCCAAAGAAUGGUUGGGGACUCACCUUACUGGUUCAACGACCACGCAGGGUUCAUGCCACCGGAGCUCGGCUCGCCGAGGCAGGCGGCACACCACCAGCAGAGCGCCAUGAUGUACCAUAGGCAACAGAGCAGCUACCCUUGCAAGGUGGAGCUAGAGUACCACCACCUCCUUCCCCAGGAGCACUUCUUGCAGCAGCUCCCUCCGCUGGAGAGCCCCAAGCUCCCUGACCUUAUUGGCCAAGUAGAUGCUACUCUCCAGCCAUGCGGCCUUACACCGGAGCAUGGUCUCGUUCGCUACACCGUGCAAGAGCUCCAAGCCGAGCCGCUCUAUCUGACGGCUAGGAAUGUGUCUGGCACAGAUUGGCGAGCUCUCGACAAGUUCGUGGCGUCCCAGCUCAGCAACGACACCACUCUGAAGGAGUCAACUAGCUACUCCAAUCCGACACAGGUGUUUCAGCAGUCUGAGGAGAAAGAGGAGGCAUUAGACUACGUGUCAACAUCAGCUUCUUGUGGAGGUGACAAUGAUUUCUGGAAAUUAUAACGUCAACAACAUAUACAUACAUAUUCACAUACAUACUAAAUCACUGAAGUAGUGCAUUAUUGCAUCAUUACACAUUUAAUAACAUUGAGGUGUGCUGGAUGUAACAUAGCCAACCGAUUCAUGUGUCAUGGUAGAAUCGUAUGUACAUAAUAAAGUGUAACCAAUUAGGCUACAGUUCCAUGCAUAAGUUGGCAUAAUGUAUGAUGUUAAUAAGUAAGGUUAGCUAACAGCUAAAGCUAAGGGCUUUAGCCACUAAUCUGGCGAUUCGUGAAGAUUUAUUAUAUAGGUAAUGUGUCAAAGGCAGUAAUGCCUUGUAUUGUCAAUUUGUCCAUGUUUACAAGUGCAUCACUACUGUCAUUCUAUUUUAAAAAGCUAAAUGUAUUGAUACCAUGAGAACACCCCAUGAUGGGAGUAGAGCCAUCCAUGGAGAGAUUACAAGUGCCUAUUGCACAGAAUAGGGUCGAAUAGCUAAAGCUCCAUAAAAAGAAAGACAAAGGAUAAUGAUUGCUUGUCUAGUGUGUGCAACUAAGUGAAACACAUGAGUUUAAGUACC